AUGAACGCCUUCUCCUCGCGGCUUUUCCACUCCACGCGCACCAUGGCGAGCAUCGGAAACCUCCAGCGCAUCACCGCCGAUAAGCUCUCGACCAUCCUCUUGGCGGAGCAGGCCGCCGCCAACCCCUCGGUGGCCGUGGUCGACGUUCGCGACGAUGAUUACAUCGGCGGCCACAUCAAGGGCGCCAUCAACAUGCCCUCCCGCAGCCUCGAAGCCACGAUGCCCACCCUCAUCCGCCGCCUCCAAGGCAAGAAGACCGUCGUCUUCCACUGCGCCCUCUCCCAGCAGCGCGGUCCCAGUGCUGCCCUUCGCUACCUCCGAGAACGCGAACAACUACUCGCAUCCAAGAAGCCUCAGGGCACGGCCGACGAGUCGGCCGACACAGAACCGCAGACCGUUUACGUGCUCGACCGGGGCUUCGUUGGGUGGCAGGAGGUCUAUGGCGAAGACGAACGCCUGACCGAGGGAUACAGGAAGGAACUAUGGAAAGAUGGUUACUGGAUGUGA